AUUUUCUAAAUGUCACACUUGGGAUCGACACUGACGUGGCAAGCAAUGUCUGUUCUUAUUGCUUGAGUUAGAUGAUGGUCUCCAGUAUAACUAGAAUGGUAUAAAGUAGCCCACGUUCUCGGCCCUUCGCGACAGAGAACAUCAUCCACACUUCAUCAGAUCUGACCCUAUCCUUUCUCUUAUCCACUAGUUAUAUUCAAUGUUAACUUCAAAACUUAUAUUUCAUUGACGACAUAUUAGACACUCUCAUGAUCCCUUAACUAGAACCCCGGAGUUCAUACCCUCUCUCACCAAAAUUUAAUAGGUACCUAAUUACCUAACCAACUAGCAAUAUGGCUCGACUACAGGAACUUGAGCGCGCUGCGUGUGACGUUAUCAAAAACGUGAAACAGAUACAAGAUCUCAAGAAUGCGAGACUCUCGGUCAUCGGAGGGUUAGCAUUAAUGCAUUACCUCCCUGAAUACCGCUCUACAGAUGUAAGACAACCUAAUACUAAAUAUAUAAGACCCAUGGGCUAAUGGCGUUUCUAAAGAACAUCAAUUUUAUUACGAAUAUAUCGACCUCUCCAAGUUGGCUGAAAAAACGGUUGGUAGAGCGGCCGGAGUCGCCCUUCUUCCAACGUUCACAGGCACUCUUCUAUAAAACACCUCGUGGUCAGGAAAUUCGAGUUGAUAUAAGCCCGGAAUGGCUUUCCCCUUACCUUCCAGACUCAGCUGUAAGAGUACAAGACAUAUUACCCAACGAAAUCCCGUAUAUCUCCCUUACCGACCUCAUCGUAUUCAAGUUGGAUUCAAGCGGGCUGCGAUCUAACCCCGUGAAGAAAGAGCGCGAUGCACAGGAUGCCGCGGCUUUGGUCGCAUUUGCCACGCACAAAAGCUUCCUACAGCUUUCCAAGAAACAGGAGCAGGUCGUAGAAGAAGCGCUCUGCGACGUGGCGAAAUGCGGUACUAAGGAAAAGGACUGGUGGGAGAGACGUAUGGGCCUAACAAAGAACGCCGCCGAUGGAUCUUCUUUCGACAGCGGAGGUCGUAAGCGCAAGAAGAACCGGCCUCAUUCUAAAUCGGACCCUUCGCUAUCCAAGAGUCCACUCACAAGCGAUCCCCACGCGGCUUGGCACUACGAGCGGCUGGAUCACGCACACAUCCGGCGGUUCAACUCGCUGCACAGUAGCCAGAGCGCAAACAGACCGGGAACCCCCCGCCCCUCUUCGCAGCGUAUAAUCAGGGACAACAUGGGUUUCACCAUGACCCAGCCGAAGACGACGCACGCGAGCUAUCAACUCGGCGCGAGGCGGCCCGGCCUGAGCAACGAGACCAGCGCCGACUCGAACCACUACGACGAGCAAUACUACACCCUCGAGCCGGGUGAGAGCUUGUCGGGGCAGGCUUCGCCGGCAGGGUAUUUCGACGUUACCCGUACGCCGGCAGGCGCCCAUGGAACGGUGACGGAGCAUACCGUGGGGGUCCGGCGAAGUUCCAAGUCGGGAUACUUCGAUCUUACCCCUGGAGCUACGCCCAGCGCCGCGCCGCAGCCUAGGAGGCCCCCGGGGUUGGACAAGAGGAGUGUUACGUUCCUCCUAUAGAUGGAUACAAAGACCUUGCGACAUGUUUCGUCGUGGAGAUUGUCGCGAACUAUGUAUUAUUUUGUAAGUUUUCAUGAUGCAACGCCCAGCUUGUCUGUUUUUGGUGUAAAAAUCUUUUUUUGGGUUACUCGUUCCAGACAUCGUUUAUGUCCCUUGUGUGAGUGAUGGCAGGGUCCAGCUCUUGUAUUAGAUACUACGUGUUGUAGAGGCAAUGGUUUUGAUGGCUGUUUAGGAUAUCAGGAUAAAGGUAAAAUAAAGUUGGAAAAAAAUAAAAGUCGUGAUGUUCUCAUGUGAAUGAUGUAUUGUUGUAGGUACUAGGUAUACAGUGCAGCUUGCUUGAAUGCAGUAAAGCACCUAAGUGAUGCAGAAAGUUAGGCGAGGGGGAUAGGGGCUCGAGCACUUGGCAGGUGACUCGUAAUAAUGAGCUUUAGUGCCCUUGUGGCUUGUGGCGCGGGGAAUGAGGAUCAUCUGUUAGUGGAAUCCUGUGACACUUAGAGUACCUACCUAACCUUAGGUACCUAACUUAAACCUUUUUUUAGAUACAUGUAGCCUUUUCAACAUCUG